GCCGAGUCGCCCCGCUCUGUUCGGCUCCGCUCGCUCCGCCGGCAGCAGCAGCCGCCUGCGGCGUGGAGGGAUCCGGCUGCUCGCUUCUCGCACCCUCGCCGUGCGGAGUGCACGGCCGGUCCCGCGGCUCGGCAGCCUGCUCCUCUGGGCGCCCGAGCUCGGCCGCGCUCUCUCUCGGGCUGCCGUGCCGGGCGGCAGCAGGGACCCAGGUGGCUGGCAGGAGCCGAAAGCUGAGCCCUCUCUCUCGCUUCGUUUCCUUUUUUCGUUUUUUAAUACACACGAUACUUAUGCCGGGAGAAGUCGAGGUGCUGCUGCUAACAGGACGCGGAAUGCAGCCCGGCUGCAGCGAGUGCUGAGAGCGGCGGCCGCCGGAGGAGGGAGCGGCUCUGUCAGCAGCCUCUUCUUCCCGCGGCGGCUGCUCGGCUCGGGCUGUCUCUCACCCCCUUCGCCGUGGCAACCCGCCUCAAACUUUCAGCCUGUUUCCGCCGCCAGGCAAAGCCCAGCUCGACAUAAAUGGUGGAGGCGAUAGUGGAGUUUGACUACAAAGCUCAGCAUGAUGAUGAGCUGACGAUCACUGUAGGUGACAUAAUCACCAACAUCAAGAAAGAUGAUGGAGGCUGGUGGGAAGGACAGCUCAAAGGCAGAAGAGGUUUGUUCCCUGACAACUUUGUAAGAGAAAUAAAGAAGGACAUGAAGAAAGAAAAUACUGCCAACAAACCACCAGAGAAGCCUAUAAGUGAAAUUUCCAAUGGAAGCUCUUUACCACUGUCUGAGACAAUUAUUAGAACCAACAGAAAAGGAGAGAGAAACAGAAGAAGAAGAUGUCAGGUGGCUUUCAGUUACAUGCCUCAAAAUGAAGAUGAACUGGAGUUAAAAGUUGGUGACAUCAUUGAAGUUGUGGGAGAGGUGGAAGAGGGAUGGUGGGAAGGUAUACUCAAUGGAAAGACUGGAAUGUUUCCUUCCAACUUCAUUAAAGAGCUGUCUGAUUCUGAAGAUGCUGGAAUAGAAGAGCAAGUAAAACCGAGAAAAUCUGCCUUUCAAGGGACAAUUCUGUACAGAGUGGCACCGGCAAAGAUUGACAGCUACAGACGUUAUAACAGCUUAAAAGAUGCUGCGGGCUCUGAGAGUGAUGGUGGUGACUCUUGCAGCACAAAAUCAGAAGGAGCCAAUGGAGGCACGACAAUCCAACCCAAAAAGGUCAAGGGUGUUGGCUUUGGAGAUAUCUUCAAAGACAAACCUAUAAAGCUACGACCAAGGUCAAUAGAAGUUGAAAAUGACUUUCUCCCAGUAGAUAAGAGUGUUGGGAAGAAAUUACCUCCAGCCACAGCAACUCAGGAGCCAACAAAAAUAGAAGUGGACAGCAGAACAAAAACCAAGGAGUAUUGCAAAGUGAUAUUUCCAUAUGAAGCACAGAAUGAUGAUGAGCUCACAAUCCGAGAAGGUGAUGUCGUCACACUUAUCAGUAAGGAUUGCGUUGAUGUGGGAUGGUGGGAAGGAGAACUAAAUGGCAGACGAGGUGUGUUUCCAGAUAACUUUGUCAAGCUUCUUCCUUCUGAUUUUGAAAAAGAGAGACCGAAGAAGCCACCACCUCCAGCAGCUCCUAUCAUCAAACAAGGAUCAGGUACUACAGAUCGAAAGCAUGAAAUCAAAAAGGUGCCUCCUGAAAGGCCAGAAUGUCUUCCUAAUCGAACAGAAGAAAGAGAAAGAUCAGAGAGAGAGCAAAAGCAGUUAGAUUUGCAGAAGCCUUCAGUUCCUGCUAUACCUCCGAAGAAACCUCGGCCACCCAAAGCAAACUCUGUGAAUAGACCUGGUACCUUGCCCCCAAGACGACCAGAAAGACCAGCUGUGCCUGUGACUCAUACAAGGAGUGAUAGUCCAAAAGUGGAAUUAGUGGGCAGUACAGUAUCCGGCACUCUAGAGAAAGACUCCUCUGAAAGAAGCAAUGACAUCGACUUGGAAGGUUUUGACUCUGUAAUACCAAUUGCUGAGAAGCUUAAUCAUCCAACUACAACUAGACCAAAAGCUACUGGCAGGCGACCACCCUCCCAGUCUCUCACAUCUUCAUCCCUUUCAAGCCCUGAUUUCUUUGACUCCCCAAGUCCUGAAGAAGAGAAGGAGGAGCAUAUUUCCAUUACUCAGAAAACUAUUGAAGUGUCAAGGAAAUCAAGAACUGUUACAAUAUCACAAGUGUCUGAUAAUAAAAAUUCCUUGCCUCCAAAACCAGGAGUUUUGACUUCUGGCUGUAUUAUACAACCAUCACUAUCUCCUUCACCAUCACCUGGAUUUCACUCAAUUGCUAUGGGAACAAGCCACAGGCCGAAUUCCCCGUCCCUGUUCGGUACUGAAGGAAAGCCAAAGACUGAGUACUUGAGCCAAGGUCAGACUACCCUGGAGGAGCUGAGAACACAAAUUAAGGAGCUAAGAACCAUCAUUGAAACUAUGAAAGACCAGCAAAAAAAAGAAAUUAAACAGUUGUUAUCUGAGCUGGAUGAAGAAAAGAAGAUCCGUCUACGAUUGCAGAUGGAAGUUAAUGACAUAAAGAAAGCUCUUCAAUCAAAGUGAAUGCUUGAUAGGUGGAAUGUUGCAUUAUUCUUCAUGACUGAGACUCAAAUUUAUGCCCCAGCCAAAAUAACUUUGUGCCAAAUGAUUUAAGAAUUGCCUCAACAUCCCUUUAUCUGAAGGAUUAGCACAACAGUUUUUGAUAGCACAAUAAAACCACCAACAAUGAGGACAAAACUUCCACCUGAAGCAGUGCUGUGCAGCACUAGUCGUGACUGAAAUUGAUCCUCUUGUGCUAAAGGCUCUCUACUUCAAGAUCCUAGAUGAAAUGAAAACUCAGGCAGUUUAGUCCAUAGUGGUACUAUUUUGAUGAUAUUUUUCCAUAAAUAAAAUGUAUUUCAGAUUAUCUGUUUACAAGCUUUAUGAUUUUGACUUUUGGUUUCUAAUUGUCUUUUGUCACAGAUUUUAAAAUGUUUCUACUGCAUAUAGCCAGGAAUGAAUGUUAAUGUUGGGGCUGGAGGGAUUAUUUUUGCUUCAAGAUAGAACAGCCUACUUUUUGUUAUGGUUUUAAAGUUCUGUUAAAUAUGCAAUUUUAUGUCCCCAAAUCCAAUACAGUUUAAACUUACAUUGUGUACAGUAAUGUAUUUACAAGAAGGAAACAAACCAACAGAAAUCUGGUCUUUGCAAUGAUUUGUGCCUUUCUUUGCCACACACUGACUGGAGCCGGUCACAAGUCAGGUCUCCGUAAUGUAGCUACCACGACGACUCCUGUCCUUGGUGUCCGGCGGAGGACACCUUCUCAGUGUACAGCUGCUCAGUCAGGAGAGCCAGGUUUGUGCAAAGUGGCAGGGCAAAAGGGUGCAGCUGAAAGCAGCUUUGUCUUGAGCAGCUGUGGCUUUUUAGCUUUCCUGGCUUUGAUGGGCCUCUCCCUCAACUCGAAUGUUCAUCUCCGCUUGAUUUUCAUUAGAUGAUUUUAACGCCUGCCUCUGUCCCCAGUUUUGCACAGAGUGAACAGAAUAUGCAUUAUUAAAGCAAAAAUAAAUGAAAAUAAUCUAUAAAACGUGAAUAAAAAGUUGUAUUAUCUCAUGCACAA